GCCCCCGCGGUGUCGUCACAACUGCUGCUGCUAGCUCGUCGGUUAGCGCCGCGGCUAAGAGCUGAACUGUGAUGAGAGGAUGAGACAGCAAACCUGCGAAUGAAGCCAUUCCAUCCCCAUCAUCAUCAUCAUCAUCGUCGUCAGCGGAUCUUCAUCACCACACGAGAGUGUUGAACAGCUCCGUGAGUCAUUAUUCAGCGCGAUAUAAACGCUUCAGAUGUCAUGAAGGUGACGUCGACUGUUUAUGUUCUUUUUUCACCGGCACUGAGCUUUAGCUCGCGCGCGUGACACCAAUAAACCCGCGCGUACGUGUUUUUACAUCAGGAUACGUGAUGCUGACGGAUAGAGUUUGUGUUGUGAAGACUAACCAGUUGACGUGCUAACCGGGAGCUAGCUAACGUUAGCCUGCCGCACAGCUGAUAUUAUUGAUCGUAAACGCGUGCUGUCUCUUUAAUGGGGGGUUAGCGCCGCACAUGACGUCAUAGCACGGAGUCCGCCAGCUCUCACCUGUAUUUACCUGCAGAGGGGCGAGCUUCGCCGCAUGCAUCACCCGGAGCCCAGUGGCGAGACCCCCGGGAGCAGGAGGAUGUCCCACCCGUCUGUGUUCACCGGCCGCAGGGGCAGCAACACCGGCGCAGCACCUGCAGACGAACACCAGACGCCCGCCGGCUCUUCAUCGCCCGGACCACAUCAUCCGCCGCACAGCCUCAGCAUCCCGAGCGCCGGGGCGCAGGUCAAGAAGAAGAGCGGCUUCCAGAUCACCAGCGUCCUGCCCGCGCAGGUGUCCGCCAGCGCCAACAACAGCAUCGCAGACGACACCGAGAGUUACGACGACAUGGACGAGUCGCACACCGAGGACCUCUCGUCCUCCGACAUCCUCGACGUGUCGGUCUCUCGAGCCACGGACACGGGCGUCCCUGAGAGGAGCUCCUCUGAAGAGACGCUCAACAGUUUGCACGGAGGCGAGACGCCCGGAGUGGUGUCGCCCAACGAGCCCGUGAUGCAUCACGGCCAGCAGGGCUACAUGGUGAACGGCAUCCAUCAUCACGCUCACCAUCAUCACGGCCAUCACAAAACUGUGCCGAGAACGCCCGUAACGCAGGCGAAGGUCGCGGGUGGCCGUGCGGCACAGGCUGCUGUCGUAGAGGGCGGUGGGGCGCCUGUCGCUGGAGGUGUCGUGAGCGCCGCGCCGGACACCGGAGGCGCUUCGGUGACAGUCAUACAGCCGCCGCCUCCGUCCACCGCUGUGACCCAAACGCAGACCUCCACGGCGUCCCGCUUCAGGGUGGUGAAACUCGACUCCAACUCGGAGCCGUUUCGCAAGGGACGCUGGACGUGUGCGGAGUUUUAUGAGAAAGACGCCCCGCUGGGAGAUCCUGCCGCCGCUCACAGAACUGUGGAGAACAUCAUUCACUCAGAACACGAGAGCACGAGCGGCAGUUCAUCAGGAAGCACCCUCAGCGGUGGAGGAGGAGACGCCCAGCAGACCCACGCUGGCCCACCGCCUCAACUCCACGCUCACCCUCACGAGUCUGUUCUUCUUACAGAUGCUGCCCCUCCUCCAAGACCCCAGCAGCCGGUGGUGUACGGUGCGGAGGGUCAGAUACCCCCGCUGCAGAGCAGCUACCCCACCAAACCCCCCGUCUCUGUGGCUCUGCCGCCGAUGGAAUACACCCAGAUCUCAGCAAACGCCGCUCAGCCGCUUCAGAUUCCUCCCGUUCAAAGCGCCGUGUCGCCCAGAGCUGCCCCGCUGCCCAUAGGCAUGCCAGGACUACCGGUAGCUCAGGCCGUGUCUCCUCGCCCGCAGGCACCCGCUCCACCAAUGGGGAUCCAGCUGUUCUCAUCCACCGCCUUCGGACUGCAGCCGCCGCUGCAUGGAGCGGUCGUACAGGGUCAGCAGGGAGGACGGGGUCCGCCGGCGGGCGUGAUGAGCGGCGUGACGGCCUCUCAGCUGGAGGACGCCCAGCGUCUGCUCUUGCAGCAUCACCCGCUGCUGGCACUGCCGCGUCUGGCCGCGUCUGGAGGUCUCACGGGAUCCUCUGUGGCUGACGGCGGUGCUGAUGGUGCGUUUGCCGUCUCCACAGGUGCCGAUGAAGACAGCUCGUCAGGAGCCAGUGUUGUGGCCAUCGACAACAAGAUCGAGCAAGCCAUGGAUCUUGUGAAGAGUCACCUCAUGUAUGCGGUGCGGGAGGAGGUGGAGGUUUUGAAGGAGCAGAUUAAGGAGCUGAUUGACAGGAACUCGCAGCUGGAGCAGGAAAACUCGCUCCUGAAGAACCUGGCCAGUCCCGAGCAGCUCGCACAGUUCCAGGCGCAGGUUCAGGCCGGUUCUCCCACCGCCGGGCCCCCCGCGGCCCUCCAGCAGAACCAGGGUCCCGGGCCCACCGCGUAACGGCCCCGGGUCAGAACGUCUGAAUGAUACUGUGACUUCAGCCACGGAGUGUUCUCACGCUCAGAGCUUGACCUGGCUCAGACAAUCAAAACUGACACAAGCACUGCUACUGGACUCAACCAGGGUGAGAGUCAUGUGACCCCUGGACCUGACCAAUCACAUGCCGCAUGCAGAGCUCAACCUUUUCUUCUUUGAUGUCAGUGUUAUAAGGGGCCGGCGAUGUAAAAUUGUGUUGUUCUUGCCACAUUCUUUUUUUUAAAACACUUUCAGAAUGCUUUUUUAUUUGUUUUAAUUGUACUUUGAAAGCGAGCACUUUGUAAUGUGUAAGAAAAGAAAACGAGGAGCGACACACGGGCACUACGAGAGAAUUAUUAGCCCAUUCUUGUGUUUGUUUGCUGGAUAGUUAACAGUCGUUAUUUAUAUCACAAUGUUAGAGGAGAGAUGGAACUGAUUCAGUGUCGCCGUGCUCUGUGUGAAAAUAAAUGUGAAAUGUGUUUCACCGAAGAGCCAAAACUUACAGAAACUUCCUUCUCGAAUUAUGAGAGUUCUGUCAAUCUUAUUUAAUGAUUUAAAUGAGACUUUCAUCCCUAGAUCAUCUGGACACAUCACACCUUCAAUCUGAUAUAAGUGAUAAUAACUCAGACCUCACGCUUUGUGCAUGUUUCCUUCAAAAUCACACGAGACAUUGUGACGUCAGACAGUUACAACGGCGUCACAUAGACUUCAAUAAAAGUAAAGGAACUGAAAACCAAAAGUGUCCAGCUGUAUUUGUACUGUAAGAACUCGGUCUGGUUGUUGAUGUGAGGCGCAGGUAUACACAGAGAUUUAU